AAAAACAAGGGAUUACCUAUAAAAUAGAGUACAAGUGGUUACUUCUCUAUAGACCAACAAACUUUUACCAAAGGACCCUCUUUCCCACCCAUUUUUUAUCUGUAUAAAAAUAUUAAUAUGCUUAACUCAAAUCCACAUAACCCUAAACAAAAAAUUACAUCACCAAAAUAAAAUUAAAAAUUAAAAAAUUGAAAAAAUGAAAGCUUACAACUUCAUGCCAUGCAUAAUUUUAUUUUUUGUCCAAAUUAUUAUCCCUUUUGUUGUAGGAGGAAAAGUUCCAGCAAUUAUCGUAUUCGGCGAUUCAACGGUAGAUACUGGAAAUAAUAAUCAAAUUUUAACUGUUCUGAAGAGUAAUUUUCCACCUUAUGGACGUGAUUAUUAUGAUAAUAAGGCAACAGGAAGGUUUUGUAAUGGACGUAUUCCACCAGAUUUUAUAUCUGAGGCUUUUGGUUUGAGGCCAUUUGUGCCUGCUUAUUUGGAUCCAAUGUAUAAUAUAACUGAUUUUGCUGUUGGAGUUUGUUUUGCUUCUGCUGGUACUGGUUAUGACACUGCCACUUCUCAUGUUUUAAAUGUGAUGCCAAUAUGGAAGGAAAUAGAGAACUACAAGGAGUAUCAAAAGAGACUAGAAGCAUAUGUAGGGAUCCAAAAAUCAAAAUACAUAAUAGAAGAAGCACUUUAUAUUGUAAGCAUGGGAACAAAUGAUUUUUUGGAGAAUUAUUUUGCAAUGCAAAGUGUACGUGCAUUUCAAUACACAACAGAACAGUAUAGAGGGUUUAUUAUUGGACAUGUUGAGAAUUUUAUUAAAGAAAUUUAUCAACUUGGAGCUAGGAAAAUAUCAUUAACUGGACUACCACCAAUGGGUUGUUUACCUUUAGAAAGAGCAGCAAAUAUGUUAAGAGGACAAGGUGAUACAUGCAAUAACGAUUAUAAUGAUUGUGCUUUGAAGUUUAAUGAGAUGUUGAGUGCUUUAAUUCAAAAGUUAAAUAAGGAGCUUCCUGGGAUUAGAAUUGCUUUUGCUAAUCCAUAUGGUAUCAUACUUCAAAUGGUCCAAAAUCCUGCCUCAUUUGGAUUUGAAGUGGAACGUAUAGCAUGUUGUGGCACAGGAUUAUUCGAAAUGAGUUACUUAUGUAAUAAGUUAAAUCCACUCACAUGCCCUGACCCAAAUAAGUAUGUUUUUUGGGAUUCUUUCCAUCUCACCCAAAAAACUAACCAAAUUAUCACCAAUUCCUUGAUGAAAAAUGUCCUCCAUCAAUUUGUGUAAUAUCAUGUAUUUUUGUAUACCUAGAUCGAUAGGUUUUAUACCUUAGUGUUAUUUUUUUAGUUUGAUUUGCUAGAUUGUAUAUCAUCAUCCAAGAGUUAGAAUUUUAAAAAAAAAAAAAUAUAUAUAUAUAUAUAAUUGUAUAUAAUAGUCAUAUCAAGAAGAUGUGAUAUAAUGAUAUUUGUACUCUUCUUUCAACUCGCCAAAGUGAUAGUAACUUUUGUUUUAAAAAAUUGUAUUCUAAAAAUUUUAAAAUUAUUUUUUUUUGCAAGAACAUUACUAUUAUUACUCUUAUUUUUUUAGUCAAUUCUUUUUUCUUUCCUCGGCUUGGAGUACAUUAAAUUUGUGUACAUUAAUAUUACGAGGAUUUAGAGAAUUUUACAUACUUGCUUAGCCCUAACUCUGAAUCUAAA